UUGACGGGAAAUACGGGAAGUCUUCGUUACAUGGCUCCCGAAGUCGCCAACGACCUGCCCUACGACCAGACGGUGGACGCCUACUCCUUUGGAAUACUGUUCUGGCAGACGUGUUCGUUGACAACCCCGUACGCCGGGUAUUCGCAAAAGAUGCACGCCGAAAAGGUUGUGCGACUGGGCCAACGGCCUAUACCGGAUCAAACCUGGCCCGCAUCGUGGGUGCAGCUCAUGCAGGACUGCUGGAGCGCCGAGAGUUCGGUGCGACCGUCGUUCGAUGUGAUUGUGCAGAUGUUGCGGGACCGAUUGGAGGAGUUG